CGGCCCCCCCCAGGUACGCGGACAAGAUGGCGGCGGCAGCGGUCGACAGCGCGAUGGAGGUGGUGCCCGCGCUGGCCGACGAGGCCGCGCCCGAGGCCGCGGGCCUCAGCUGCCUGGUCAGCCUGCCCGGCGAGGUGCUGGAGUACAUCCUGUGCAGCGGCUCGCUCACGGCCGCCGACAUCGGCCGCGUGUCCAGCACCUGCCGGCGGCUGCGCGAGCUGUGCCAGAGCAGCGGGAAGGUGUGGAAGGAGCAGUUCCGGCUGAGGUGGCCGUCCCUGAUGAAGCACUACAGCCCCACCGACUACGUCAACUGGCUGGAGGAGUAUAAAGUUCGGCAGAAAGCGGGGCUCGAGGCGCGCAAGAUCGUCGCCUCCUUCUCCAAGCGCUUCUUUUCCGAGCACGUCCCCUGUAACGGUUUUAGUGACAUUGAGAAUCUUGAGGGACCAGAGAUAUUUUUUGAGGAUGAACUGGUGUGCAUCCUGAAUAUGGAAGGAAGAAAAGCCUUGACCUGGAAAUACUAUGCCAAAAAAAUUCUUUACUACUUACGGCAGCAGAAAAUUUUAAAUAAUCUUAAGGCUUUCCUUCAGCAGCCCGAUGACUAUGAAUCAUACCUUGAAGGAGCCGUGUACAUUGACCAGUACUGCAAUCCUCUCUCCAACAUCAACCUCAAGGACAUCCAGGCCCAGAUCGACGGCAUCGUCGAGCUCGUCUGCAAGACUCUCCGGGGCAUCAACAGCCGCCACCCCAGUCUGGCCUUCAAGGCAGGCGAAUCCCCCAUGAUCAUGGAGAUCGAGCUCCAGAGCCAGGUGCUGGACGCCAUGAACUAUGUCCUGUACGACCAGCUGAAGUUCAAGGGGAAUCGGAUGGAUUAUUACAACGCCCUGAACCUCUACAUGCACCAGGUUCUGAUACGCAGAACGGGGAUCCCGAUCAGCAUGUCCCUGCUCUACUUGACUAUCGCCCGGCAGUUGGGGGUCCCGCUGGAGCCGGUCAACUUCCCGAGUCACUUCUUACUGCGGUGGUGCCAGGGCGCAGAAGGGGCGACCCUGGACAUCUUCGACUACAUCUACAUCGACGCCUUCGGGAAAGGCAAGCAGCUGACGGUGAAGGAGUGCGAGUACCUGAUCGGCCAGCACGUGACCGCCGCCCUGUACGGGGUGGUCAACGUCAAGAAGGUGCUGCAGCGCAUGGUGGGCAACCUGCUCAGCCUGGGCAAGCGGGAGGGCAUCGACCAGUCUUACCAGCUCCUCCGAGACUCGCUGGACCUCUACCUGGCCAUGUACCCGGACCAGGUGCAGCUGCUGCUCCUCCAGGCCAGGCUUUACUUCCAUCUGGGGAUCUGGCCAGAGAAGUCUUUCUGUCUUGUCCUGAAGGUGCUUGACAUCCUCCAGCACAUCCAGACCCUCGACCCCGGGCAGCACGGGGCGGUGGGCUAUCUGGUGCAGCACACUCUAGAGCACAUUGAGCGUAAGAAGGAGGAGGUGGGGGUGGAGGUGAAGCUCCGCUCCCACGAGAAGCACCGGGAUGUCUGCUACUCCAUUGGGCUCAUAAUGAAGCACAAGAGGUACGGCUAUAACUGCGUCAUCUACGGCUGGGACCCCACCUGCAUGAUGGGCCACGAGUGGAUCCGGAACAUGAACGUGCACAGCCUCCCCCACGGCCACCAUCAGCCUUUCUACAACGUCCUGGUGGAGGACGGCUCCUGUCGAUACGCAGCCCAGGAGAACCUGGAGUACAACGUGGAGCCCCAAGAGAUCUCGCACCCGGAUGUCGGACGCUAUUUCUCGGAGUUCACGGGCACUCACUACAUCCCCAACGCGGAGCUCGAGAUCCGCUACCCGGAGGACCUGGAGUCGGUGUACGAGACGGUGCAGAAUAUCUACAGUGCCAAGAAGGAGAGCGCAGAGUAAGGCCGGGCGGCGGCCGCGCCCCUGCCGCCGCCGCCGCCGUCACCGCUGCUGCUGCUGCCGCCGCCGCCCCCGCACCACCGGGACUCGAGACGCCCGGCCCCCCGGCCCCCACCGCCCCGGGACAGCCGCGCACGGCAGCGCCGGUCGCCUGGUCCCCGCGCCCUCCUCAGCUGCCCAGACAGUGUUGCCCUCCGCCUACACUAGUGAACCCUCGACAGGCACUCUGUUCAGUGGCAUGGCUUGUUCGCUUGUCCCGUGGUGACAGUUCGUGACACUCUGUCCUCAUGAGGUCUCCCCGUCGAUGCCCCGGACCCCCCCUUCCUCUCCCCGCCUCUGUCCACACCGGCCGGGGGCCCGUGUGGUCGCGGUCGGUUCUUUCCGGUUUCUCGCUGGCGCGUGCGUGUCCCAAGCCAGACAGUCUGUCCUUCCCCCCCCCCAACCCCCCCAGCCCCGAGUCUUGUUGCUUGUGGAGAGGUGACGCCGCCCGUGGCCGCCUCUCCGACGGAGCCCCCUCGCGAAGUCACGUGACCAGAAUCGUUGUCAGCGUGUGUGUCUGUGGCAGCCGGGACAGCGUCCGGGCCUUUGUCUCUCUCUCUCUCUCUCUCUCUCUCUCUCUCUCUCUCUCUCUCUCUCUCUCUCUCUCUCUCUCUCUUCACCGAGACUCGGGGGAGGACGCGGCCUCCCUGCCUCCCGCCGGCCGGCCUCUCUCGGAGUCCCGCUGCAAACCCUCCGUGUCCCGUCUUACUCCACAGCCAUCCUUGAGAAGCAGGCCUUGGCGAUGGACCUCUCCGCGGUCAUCCGCUUUUCCUCCCUCUCCAGUGACUGUCGAAGAGAAUGGACUCCGCUAUCAUGAGUAGAUGUGAAGCCAAUGAUGGGUUCUCUUUAGUAGUGAGAAGUACAGCCUGAUGUUGCGAUGUUUGUGUUUAGGAACCACAUUUCACGGUCUCGCUUUCGUAAGAAGAGAGUGGCCUGCACAGCGCCCGGAGAGGGGCGGCUUCCCCGCCGGCCUCGAGCGCAGCGGGCCGCCGUCCAGGGCCGGGCGGGGCCUCUCGACCCUUCCCCUCAGCCCGGCCAGCUGGUCUCACUGCCCGCAGAGCCGCCCCCCCCUCCGGGGGUCAGGAGCCCUCGCUCGGGGGCCCGGGGUGGCCCAGGGUCUGUCCAGCAGUUGUUAGAUGGUUGGUGUGCACUUGACAUUGGACCGCUCUGGCCGCCCAGCCUGCCCGGGACAGGGGGGCCGCCCACUCUCAUUUCCGGGCGCGCACCGGCCCGGGGGUCACUGUUCAUGCAUUGCUAGGAAACUGUGGAGCAUGCUCGGUUAGGGUCGUCGGGUUUCUGGUUUGGUUUUCUUUCUCCUUAGACUAACACGGGAGCCAAGAAAGGGUGGCUUUCCCCUCCCCGGCCCUGUACAUAUGUACCUAGCCUGUUUUUAAUGUCUCUCCUCCUGAAUGCUUCAUCCGGCUCCAGGAAGCCCGUGUCACCUGUGUACGUUGGUAUUUGGGCACUUUAUAUUUUUCUAAAAACGUGUUUUGGAUCCUGUACUCUAAUAAAUCAUAAGUUUCUUUUUAAAUUUUUCCAAA